AAUCUCCCUUUUCACAAAAAAACUCCAAAGCUCUCUCUUUCUCUCCAUCUCAAAUGGCUUCCAACGCCAAAUCCUCCGGCGGGCUCAACGGCUCCUACUACGGCCCGGCGAUCCCACCCGCUCGAACCUACCGGAGCGUCGGCGGCCGCUCCUCCGACUGCUGCUGCAACCCCUGCAGCUGCCUCAUCUGCACUCUGCUCAAAUUCAUCUUCGCCGUCGUCAUCACUCUCGGCAUCAUCUUCCUCAUCAUAUGGCUGAUCUUCCGCCCCAACGAACUCAAAGUCUUCGUAGAAGACGCCAAUCUCACCACUUUCAAUCUCAACAACUCCUCCACUCUAAACUACAACCUCUCCCUCGCCAUCAGCAUCCGCAACCCCAAUCGCCGAAUCUCCAUCUACUACGACCAAAUCGAAGCCAUAGCGCUCUACGAUGGCAAUCGCUUCGGCUACGAUGGCUCGCUCCCGGUCUUCUUUCAGGGCCACAAGAACACCACCGUGAUUUCUCCGAGAUUUGCAGGGCAGGCGGUGUCUCUCGGAGCGGUGAACGGGACUUAUGCGAGAGAGAAGGGAGAGGGGAAUUUCUAUUUCGAUGUGAAAUUGAACGCGAGGAUUAGGCUGAAGGUUAAGUUUGUGAAGGUGGGGCAUUUUAAGCCUAAGUUUGACUGCAAGGUGAAGCUCCCCGUGCCGCCGGUGAAGGGCGGAUUGCCGGCGGCGAGUUUUGAGAGGACCGAGUGUGAUGUUGACUGGAUCUAAUAGGGGCGUUAUCGAUUUCGUGUUGUAGCAGUCAUUGUUUAUUAUUAGUUAUGAUUUGAUUUUUCUUAUCGUCUUCUUUAAUUUUUUGGUUGAGAUGUCGAGAUUUGGGGCCCUUCUGUAGCUGUACAUUAAAUUAUUAAUGGAAAAGUUAUUGUUUUGUUUA